ACAAUUUUUGAUAUUUAAUGAAUAUAUUAUUAACCAGUUUGCAGUAUUUUUUAUGUUAAACAAAUUCGAAACAAAAAAUUUGUAAAUACGUCUUAUAAGACGUAUUUACAUGAACAUCUAUAAGUUCGUGAUUCAGCAUUCAGCAUUGCCAUCUAUAGAUGGCCUUGGCCAAAAAAGAGGACAGCCAAUUGGGAAAAUUGAGAAAAGGGAGAGAAAAGUAAUUACUCGUAAAGUGGAAUAUGACCGCGAUAAUGGCGCGGUUCGACUGUCCGGCCUAUAAGCUUCUGGCCGGAGAUCUGCACGGCAGCCAGCCGGUUGAGUCCUCCGGCGGUCAGCUGGUGGAGUCCUCUGAGUGGCGCCUGGCCGGCGGCGGGGCACCGCGGCAGCUGCGGCUCGUCUGGCUGCAGGGCGAGCUGAGGAACGUCAGCGCCGACUACGACAGUGCGGCGCUGGUGGAUACCUCCGGCUCGGUGCUGCUGACUGGCUGCACGGCGGCGCCUGGGGACCCGCACUGGAUGGAGGACGGUCGCUACUGUAUGGCGGUGGGGGAGUUGACGUGCGGCUCGCCCCCGCAGCUGAGCGUUAUCAAGCUGGCGCCUCUGCCGGAGGUCCACCGUCAGAUGUGGGAGCUGGAGGUACGGCACGCGCGCGCCCACCUCCUACAGGGCGCCGCCGAGUGAUGGCCGGCCGGCCGCCGCGGGCCGCUGGACGCUGGGCUGUGUGAUGGGGACGGAUCCCUCACCGGUGAGUCAGAUGGACCACUGGGCCGGGACCUUCCGCGGCCAGAACUCAGGACUCAGCCGGGCAGACAGUGGGUGAGUCCGUUGCCUGCACCGCUCAGAGCUGUGAUAGGAGUUGCGUGGGAACGGUGGACCAGUACUGGCGAUAAAGGGCGACGUAUCGGGUGCGAAGGGGCACCUAACCUGGAACUUCCAUAAGGAAUCGUGACAUCGUGUUUACAGCCAGCCAAGUGUGGGCUCAACUUUCGUUACACAAAGAGACAUGGAACGUCUGUUGGCGAAGUGAACGGCACCUGUCAAUUCGUGAUCCGGAAUUUGACGCCAAGCUUGACAUUCCGGCUGUUGAUUUAUUGUCGCGUGACAGUACUCAGUACUGUUUUGGAAAUGCGGCCCUGGUGACUGGAAAAGUGAUUAGGCACGACACUUGUCCAUCGAAGGGUGGCUCUAUUUACCGGCUCCAAUGUCGCCCUGCGCCGGUGACGCAGGCAGAACCAUCCAGAGCGGCCGCCGCACACAAAGACAACACAAAGAGACUGCGACCGACCGGCCGGGUGCCAGCAGUUGCGCCACUCCGGUCCUGAGGGGUGACUGGAGUCUGCCGAGCCCCGCCGCUGCGGCUGUACCGCUCCGGUGGCGACACUCCGUCCAGAACACUCACCUGUAGCUCGAAGACGACCUCGAUCAGCCGCUGGAGCGAGGGCACCAUGAUGAGGCGCGCCGAGCGCCGCUGCCAGCGUCACCGCCACUGCCGGCGCACCGUCUGUGGUCCAGGAGCGAGCGACCGACCGCGCACGUGCUGCGCCGCCGCGUCCGUCCGCCGCCGACCAGAAUAGACGACUGGCGGCCGGCCAGCGGCCAGCUGAGCGCCGCCGCAGCUGCGCGCCGCCGGCGGCCGCCGCAGCUCCGGAGCUGGCCGAGCUGCGGCGCGGAGCUGCGCGCGGGGGGGGGGGAGCUGGGACAGUCGGCCGGUCGGUGUCGCCAAAGGAUGGGGUGUGACAGGGGGAGUGGGCUGACUCAUGGCCCGGGGUGAGUCAUUCGCGACAGAACGGCCGCUACAAAUUUACUCCGCCGUCAGCCGUGGAAGCUAACCAGUUUUGUAUCGGAAGCGGCGGCGCGAUGUAUCCUCUCUUCUCCGUCUGCGCUGCGGCUCAGCUAAACUGGCUCCCCGGUUUGAUUGAUACGCUAUCGAUGUUCAGUCAUUAACCGUGUCUUUUAUGGUGAUAUUGUGGUGACGCCAUAACACAGUUCUAAGGAUCAGGGACAUUGUUGGUCCGUUUUCCGGCCUGUGUCGACGUUAGCUGUCAUUCGAUAAGGGCGUGAGCAUAUUAUCGAUGAUCCUCUGCCAAUUUCCAUACGGCCGGAUCCGUUCCGGGUGAAAUGAUCCACUUUCUCUGGCCUCUUGUGUCCGGUUUCCUGUCUUCAUGCUGUGCCCCAUGACUGAUGAGUUGUCUCUUCUAUCGCCUGUCUCCGUCCACUCCCUCCCCCGCCCCCCCCCCCCCGCCCCGCUCCUCCUCCCCGUCUCGGUUUGUUGCUGCUGACUGCGGCGUCCCGUCCCUGUCAGGUGUGUGCUGUCACUGACGGGCUCGGAAGUCGGAGCCGGUGACAGCCGUCACACUUUGUGACAGGCGUGCGCCAGCUGUCUCACAACUGUCAUCUGCCAAUUGGCCCAGGGGUUAGGUCGUAAGGGACCUGAUACGGCUGUGACUUGUGUGUGAUCAGUGUGGCGUGACUGUGAACUUGUGCGUAACAAAGGUUGUGUCAGUGAUUCAGUGAUAAUGACCCAUGGCGGUCGGAGCGGGAUCAAUAAACUCGCAUUGAUCACCA